AUGGCCGGAGCGGCGGCGGCGGUGGCCGCCGGAGCAGCCGCCGAAGCAGCCCCGGCCGCGGUGUCCGUGGCGGCCCCGGGCCGGGCCUCGGCGGCGCCGCCUCCGCCGCCCGUGUACUGUGUGUGCCGGCAGCCGUACGACGUGAACCGCUUCAUGAUCGAGUGCGAUAUCUGUAAGGACUGGUUCCAUGGCAGCUGUGUUAGAGUAGAAGAACAUCAUGCUGUUGAUAUUGACCUCUAUCACUGUCCCAACUGUGCAGUUCUCCAUGGAUCUUCCUUAAUGAAAAAGAGGAGGAAUUGGCACAGACAUGACUACACAGAGAAUGAUGAUGGUUCCAAACCAGUACAAGCUGGGACAAGAACUUUUGUUAAGGAGUUACGUGCUCGGAUCUUCCCAAGUGCUGAUGAAGUCAUUGUAAAGAUGAAUGGUAGCCAGCUGACACAGAGAUACCUGGAGAAACAUGGAUUUGAUGUGCCUAUUAUGGUUCCCAAAAUAGAUGAUCUAGGACUUAGACUCCCUCCACCGACUUUUUCUGUUAUGGAUGUGGAACGUUAUGUAGGUGGUGACAAAGUAAUAGAUGUCAUUGAUGUGGCAAGGCAGGCAGACAGCAAAAUGAAGCUUCACAACUAUGUUAAAUACUUCAUGAAUCCUAACCGUCCAAAGGUGUUAAAUGUGAUCAGCCUCGAGUUUUCAGACACAAAGAUGUCGGAAUUGGUGGAAGUUCCUGAUAUUGCCCGAAAACUUUCUUGGGUGGAAAACUACUGGCCAGAUGAUUCAGUCUUCCCUAAGCCAUUUGUUCAGAAAUAUUGUUUGAUGGGAGUUCAAGACAGCUAUACAGACUUUCACAUUGACUUUGGUGGCACUUCAGUCUGGUACCAUGUUCUCUGGGGUGAGAAGAUUUUUUAUUUGAUAAAACCAACAGAUGAAAAUUUAGCACUCUAUGAAUCCUGGAGUUCAUCUGUCACCCAAAGUGAAGUGUACUUUGGUGAAAAAGUGGAUAAAUGCUACAAGUGUGUUGUGAAGCAAGGCCACACCCUAUUUGUUCCAACAGGGUGGAUUCAUGCUGUGCUUACAUCUCAGGACUGUAUGGCUUUUGGAGGAAAUUUUCUGCACAACCUUAAUAUUGGCAUGCAGCUCAGGUGUUACGAGAUGGAGAAAAGGCUAAAAACACCCGAUCUUUUCAAAUUCCCUUUCUUUGAAGCCAUAUGUUGGUUUGUAGCCAAAAAUCUCCUGGAAACUUUGAAAGAAUUGAGAGAAGAUGGUUUCCAGCCCCCAAAUUACUUAGUGCAGGGAGUCAAGGCAUUGCAUACUGCUUUAAAAUUAUGGAUGAAAAAAGAACUUGUAUCAGAACAUGCCUUUGAAAUUCCAGAUAACGUUAGACCGGGACAUCUCAUUAAAGAACUUUCUAAAGUAAUUCGUUCAAUAGAGGAGGAAAACAGUAAGCCAGUCAAAUCUCAGGGAAUCCUUACUACAUGUCCAGUUUCACGAUCCUCAAACGAAGUAUCCUCCCCAUACCAUUCCAGACGGAGAAUGAGGAAACUUCGAGAUCAUAAUGUUAGAACGCCUUCUAACCUGGACAUCUUAGAACUCCACACAAGAGAGGUGCUCAAAAGACUAGAGAUGUGCCCAUGGGAAGAGGAUAACUUGAACUCUAAAUUGAAUGGAAGAUUCAACAAGCACCUCCAGCCAUCUUCUACAGUACCAGAGUGGAGAACAAAAGAUAAUGACCUCCGAUUACUGCUGACAAAUGGAAGAAUAAUUAAAGAUGAAAGACAACCCUUCACAGAUCGAAAUCUAUAUACAGCAGACAGUGAGAAUGAAGAUUACAUGGAGAGGUCAAAAAAGGCAAAGAGCCUAAAGAUAGAACAGAUUUCAGAAGGACAGGGGAAUAUAGAACCUCAGAAACCACUUAAUAUGUUUUUUGAAAGUGUGAAAUCAGAACUUAGAAAUGGAUCUUCACAAUAUUCCGAUAUUUCUGAUUCAGAGGAAUCUGCGCCUGAUUGCACUGUUCAGAAAAAUGAUUUUACCAGGGAAGAAUCAGAAAGCUCAGGUGAUGAAAAGAAACAAAAAAUACCCUCAAAUUUUAAGGAAGAAUCUGAAAUGAUGAUGAACGUGUAUCAAACUAACAAGAAGCCAUCUAAAAGUGAAAUUCCAAGUAAAAGGGAAUGUCCUACCUCGACCAGCACAGAGGAAGAAGCUAUUCAGGGCAUGCUGUCUAUGGCAGGAUUGCACUAUACUACCUGCUUAACAAGGCAGAUACAAAGCACAGAGCACACAGCUGAAAGAAGCUCUCUUCAGGAACACAACAGCUUCCACAGGAGUAACCAUGAAGUUGUGCAGUUGUAUCAGUCUCAUAAGCCAGUGGAAUAUGGUCAGCAUAUUAAGACGGAGGAACAAGAAUUGGGGACUUCAUCCUGGGUCAGGCAACUUACAACUUCCAGGUUUAAUCCUCAGGAUCCAGGAAAAACCCAGAAACAGAUCAAAAAGGAAGGUUCGCCAGAGUUCAAUCAGAAGGUUCAAAGUAGGAGUUACACGGACGGCAGUGGUUGUGGUUCGAGCCUCCAAAAUGGGAAGUGUGCACAAAAUCCAAGCUUUGUGCCGGGCACGUGCCAGAUGAACAAUGGCAGCUUUAGCCCCGAAAGAUCUGGGGAUGAAACUUCCUUUUCAUUACCGCUGCACCCAAUCAAGAGACCUGCAUCCAACCCACCGCCCAUCAGCAACCAGGCAACAAAAGGUAAACGUCCAAAGAAAGGAAUGGCAACCGCCAAGCAGCGCCUUGGGAAGAUCCUUAAGUUGAACAGAAAUGGCCAUGCACGCUUCUUUGUGUGAUGGUAACUGCUUUUGCUGCCACUCUCAACUUUGGAGACCAGUAUUGAGGGCAAUGGGGCCUGGAGCUUCUGCUGUUCCUCUGCUUGAAGCAGACUUGCAUGUACAAUAUAAAACACUGCCUGAAGAACAAAAUGAACCUGAUGCUGCAUUUUCACUGUGCCACACCCACUGAGCAAUAACCAUUGUGGACCUGGUGGGGGGAGGAUGAAGGAGGGGGGAGAAUUUUAAAAGAGAUCAGGAACUAGGGCUGAUCUCUUGUCAGGGCUUGAGUAUCAUUUUGUUGUUGGUAGUGUCUUGACUUAUUUUCAGCGGUAGGGUAAAGAAAGUUAUCGAUAAUUUAUUUAACAGAUUUUUUUUAAAAGUUAACAGCUUUUAAAUUCUUUCUUUUUUAAGCUAUUUAUUUGGAAGACUCGUGGGGAAGUAUCUCACUAAUUUAGAUUUAAGAAUGUGAAGGUUUUUAAAUUAUUUUUGAUAGCGUGAGUUACGUGUGGUGAAGAGCCAUAGUAACAGUAAUUUGUCUGAACUCUUAAAAUUUGAAAUUCAGGUUAAAGUCUUAAACAGGGAUUUGAUGCAUUAAUUAUUUUAAAUUAAGAUGUAUAUGAAAUUCAUUUUAUUUUAUAUAUUUUGUGGUUUGUUUUUUUUUUUAAAUAAGCUAUUAGCUUGGCUUUUUCUAACUUACAAGUUGCAUAUUGUCACCCAGGUUAAUUACUUUAUUCCAUCUUCUUUCUCUGCUGUCCAUCAUUUUGUGACAACCCAACAAGAUCUUUGUUUUACAGGAAAACAACUUCAAUACCCUAUGCUUUCCCAAAAAAGAUAAAGAAAAAGAAAAACCUUGCAAAAAAACCCAAAACCCCAAGCCUUCUUUCUCUCACUUCAAUUGUGAUUUUCUACUUAGGUAGAAAAAAAAAUAGACUUCUUGAAUUUUCAUUUGUGCAUUUGAUUUUAAGUCCCAAAGAAAACUACUUUUUAAUAUCAUUUCCUUCCUUGUUCAGAAAAGAACCAUAUGAUUGGUGUGAUUUAGUCAUAUUGGUAUUUGUUUAAAUACAUUUAUAGCUACAAUGGGUUCCUUUUGUAAUUGUGUUGCGGGUGGGGGUGGGUUAAGGGGAGAAGAGGAGGGCAUCAGGAAUAACACCUGCCUUUUAGGCUGUUCUAACAAGUUUUUUAAAAUAUUAUAUCCUAACUAUGGGGGGGUAUGAUUUGACCUGCAGUGUAUAUAAAGCUAUGUUAUUAAGACCUAUCAUAAUAGGCUUCUAAUAUAUUAAGUUGUAGAGGAGCAAGGGUAUUGAAGAAGUAGGGUUGAUUGUUUAAUCUCGUAACCUUUUAAGAUUUAGUUUGGGUCUGAGUUUGAGAUGAAGUUGGUGCUUCCUGCAAUUUACUCCUUCUUGACUUUGCUAAAACAUAAAGAAGAUGAGACUUAAUUUUUAAAGUAAACAUCUGUCUGCUUUAUACAUACUUCUUAUUGAAUACCAAUUUUCAGUUGCUUGUUAAUGGCUUAUAUUUUUCAAUUGAUAUUUUUAGUAACAAUUUAAAUACUGAAUAUCUGGUGUUGGAGUGGAAAAGUAGCUGUUCUUGUUUCUGACAAAAAAGGGCAUUUUAUAUGUUCUAACCAAGAAUUUCAAGUCUAGGGAAAUAUACUGGGUAGGCUUAUUUUUAUGAUGAAGAACUAUGGCCAUGUCAUUGAUUAGUGUUAUUUUCAUUCAGCAAACAGGCUGGACUUAUCUUUUUGUGCUGUAAUUUCUGUUGAUGAGCUAAAACAAGCAGAUAUUCUUCCAGAUUUACCUUUAUGUUUUCAGAAGAGAAGCAGUUCUUUUAUCCCAUCUUCCUUCCAAAGUUUAAAGGAGUAAAUUGUAAACAGGUGUUGAAUUUGCCUUCCUUGGUUAUUCAAGCCCAGAAUGACUUGGCUCAAGACUGAUCCAUUUCUGGUUGUCAGGGAGAAGAAUCUAUCAAACAUAGGAUGUCUAUAAAGAGCUCAUUUUAAGCUGUGUCCACACUAUGCCAAAACAACUAGUUGAAAACUGAAUUAUUCAUCAAGCCAACUGGUUGAUUAUUUUUUCUACAUGAUGCCAAAAAACUGGUUUGACUGAUCUUUUCUCCCACUGAAAUGAAGUAGUAUUUUGAUUUUGUGUAGACAGUGUUUAGUGUCAGGGAUAGAUUACAAAUAGAUUAUUGCCUGCCAAGAAAUAACUUUAAAACUGAUUUUUUAAAAACUGAGAUAUGUACUGAUAUAAUUUGUAUCUGCAGUUAUAGGUAUUCGUAGCUGCCUAACUUUAUUUUCUUUAGCCAGAUAGCCUAAAAUCAAACAGAAUUAUUUUAUAGAUUUAUGCCUAUCCUAUAUUCAACCUUUAUAUACUUUGAUUAUGAAUAAAUAACUAUGAGUAGCCAGCAUGUAAAUUCUGAAAAUGAACUUCACUUAAUAGAAUCAAAUCACUGUCCCCAAAGUAAUUCCAGUAACUAGAUAAUAUAGUUUUAAAAAUGCCUCUAAUAACCACUGCAGCCAAAAUGGGAAUUGUAUGUUUCUGAAUGAGGGGAACCAUAGGUACAGCUCUAUUGACUUCCUAUUCACGUCCCUUAGGGACACUGAGUCUUGCCAAGGUUUCUUGGUCUUUCACGCUUAGAUCUGAAGGAGAUAUUGUAUUUAUAUCGACUGCUCCAUGUCUGCCCUUCUAAGAAAUGAGGAGUUCUAGCCCAAAGAGAGCCCUUGCUCAAGUACCUCUUCUAAGAGGUAAGACCAUCCCAUUAUCUCCCCUGUAAUUUGACAGAACCAGUGGAGCAUCUUCAACAGUCCCUUUUGCGCAACUGUCUUAAAAACUUUCAUUCUUAGUGAGAGAAACAUUUUACAGUUUCUCAAAGCACUGCUUUUGCAAAUAGUUCCUAGAGACUAUGAUGGGCUCAGCAAGCUUAUACAGAAUAGUUUUAGGGGAACAGCUAGGUGGCACAGUGCAUAGAGCAGCAGCCCUGGAGUCAGGAGGGAUCUGAGUUCAAAUCCAGUCUCAGACAUUUGACACACUAACUAGCUGUGUGACCUUGGGCAAGUCACUUAAUUCCCAAUUGCCCUGCCUUCUCCCCCUCUAAAAAAAAAUUAAUUUUGGGGCAAUUAGCUAUCCAUAAACAAAGGGCUCAAGGCUUCCCAAAUUUCAAAUCAUGAUUUUAGAUACCCAUUUAUAUGUAAUAAUAGACAAUGGUUUGAGUUCUCUCGUAGAUGGGUUUUUUCUUCUGUUUAUGUCAAAUAAUGGUAUACUAUGAAGUGAUGGUUAAUAACUAAACAACAGAUAAUGAAGUGAACUUACAACUUUCUAAUGGUCCAGUUUUUUGGAAAUAUUUUUGAAAACAUUUCUUUGAUCAGUAUCAUUUAUGGUAUUAUAUGCAAAGAAGGAAUUUCUAAUCCAUAGCUGCCUAUUUUUUAUACAUAAAGGUAAAACCAUUCAUAUUUAUCAUUAGUUGAAUAUUUAGUUUGAGUCUCAAUCUGAGACUGUCAGAAACAACUACAAUAACCAAUUCCCUACCAAACAUAUUCAUAGUUUACACCAAGUACAAAGGCACUUGUCGAGACACUGGCUGUGUAUUGCGUGUGUGCACACCGAGGUGGGGAGGGGGAGUAUAAAAGACGGAGAAACCACAGUCCUGUCUUGGAGUGUUGUCUCUGUUGAGCGCUUUCACUUUCAGGCUUGCUGAAAUGGAAGAAUCCAUGGGGAAAAUACAGCACAGUUCUGUUAAUUAAAUCUAAGACAGACCACUAUAGAAUGAAGAAACAAACAAACAAACCAGAAAUACUUGAAGGUGGAACUACGAAAAGCUGAUCAUUUUAAUGUUUGUAACUUAAAAUGGAUUUUUAAAAAAUUGCUAUUUUUAUGAAUGGGCACAUUUUUACUAUACCAUAAAAACUUUUAAGAAGUGAAAAUAAUACAGAUCGUAACACUAAUUUCCUAAUGGGAAAUUCAUUACCCAUUUUGUUAGAAAGAAUUCUGAAAAACCUUUAACAAAAGGUUGAAUAAAAAGACAUAGUUACAGUUCUUGAGGUAAGAUGAUACUACUUGCCCUAAGAAUAAUGAGGUAAUUUAAAAAUCUUAACAGGGACUAGGAUAUUCAUAUUCAAUUGGAGGGGCAGAGAGGUUGGGGUAGAAAGGAGAGAAGUUGGAGUUUUGUUAAUUGAAAAAACAUAUAUAAUUAAGCAGGUAUAAUAGAAUAACUUGCUAAGAAGAAAUGGACUAUCGUACCACAUACCAGCCCCACCUCCAAGGUGAAAGUAAUAUUAGAUUUUUAAACUAUCUGUACUAUGACUUCAGUUAAGAAAAUUAUUAAAAACAAGGAUAUUGAAAAUUUAGAAGAAACAUAAGCAAAGAUAGUUUUGUCAGAUCCCCAUAAAGUUAGAAUAAAUUUUAUUAGAUACCUGGACUCUUUUAAAAAUAAUCAGCCUCCCUCCCCCUUCCCACCCCCCUUUUUUUUCCUGUGGUAUUUUCCAGGAUCUCUCCAUUUUGAUGAGUACAUACUUAAUAAAAAUUAGCAGGAAGAAUUUUUUACUCUUUGUAUGAUCACCAAAAGUAAAAGUAUCUCCAUGGUUGAAUGACUGCAGUGUCAUUUUAAGGAGGUAGGGUUAACAAAAGUAUAAAUAUCCAAAAAAAAAAAAAGCCUGUGAAGUUCAUUUGUUCCAGCAAACUUUGAACCUGAAGGGAGAGAGACUCACUCUGGGAUUUCACUGAAUUCUAGAUUUUAGACUUGGAACAUGGUAGGAGAUUAUUGGUAGAGCUUCCCUGCCUCCAGACUGAUAAAAAAUGUAUUAUUUCCCUUUUACAGAUGAAGCAACAAUGGAGAUUAGAAGUUUCCUUCCUUCUGCAGUGUUCCUUUCACUAUGCCAUGCUGUAUCAGCUGUUUGGUUUUUUAUUGUAUUCAUUUGUUUACUGGAAACUAGAAGGGAGGAGUAAGAGAAACAUUAUUGUAUCAUGUUAUCCCACUUGAGAUUUUAACAAAAGGGUAAAUUGAGGCAAAUCACUGAGCAAGAUAGCAUUUAUUAGCAGGGGCAUGCUACCUGUCAGUAAAUGGUUCCCUGGCUUGCCUCCAUUAAUGCCAAAGACCCUAAGCAAAAACAGCUCCCCUUUUAUAGUGUUUGGGGCAUACAAAAAAAGGAACAGAGCAGGGUAGUUGACAUCAUGGAAUUAAGGGCAACACGAUUGAUUACAGAGCUGAGGUGCAGAGAACAACAUGACUGUUGGGAAGUUUGGUAGUGGGGGCUAGCAAUGAUCCCACUUCUCUCAUGAAACUAAGAAGUGUUCUUCAAGUCCAGGUAAGAGAGCAGCCCAGACUUUUGGAUAGCAAGUCAGACAUCCUUGAAGGAUAGCUUGGUGGUGUAAAGAUAUCAGGCCCAAAUUCCCUUUUUGUUCACGCUCAGUCUCCAAGGUCAGUUAAAUUCCUUGAGGCAAGAAAGCUAGAUUUUUAAACUUAACCCAUUACAGGUCAGCUGAACUUUGAGCUAAGUUCAGAGAGAAAGAACUCUGGCUUAAGCAGUUACAGGACAAAAGUAGAAGGCAAAAUCAAUUACUUGUAAACAAGAUCAAUAAGAAAAUGACACAGGAUCAAUUUUAAUUUUCUCAAUGAUUAUAGUUAAGGGACUGAGCCUAACUGGAAUGGCGAAAUGAUUACUUUUCUCAUAAGGUUUUCUUUUUUAUUUUAGUGGGGCUAUGCCAUUUAUAAUCAAACAUUUGGUAUACUUGUAUUUAAAAAAAAACCUUUAAAAUGGUUUAAAAACAGUGACAGUCCUAACAACAAUAACCCUAUCGCUAAAGCAAUUUGCCUAUUGUGGUUAACUGUGGUUUUACUUGUAUAUUCUUCCCCAUCUUCUUUCUUAAACCUUAUCCCUUUCCUAAGUUGCCUAAGAAUUUGUGUCUUAAUAAGGAAAAGGUGAAAAUGAGGGUAAAACCUCUUAGAAACCAGUAGCACUGAAUCUUCCAGCAAGUUUUUCUUCUGCACUACUUUCCCAAUAAACCCUGGCUACUAGGUAGCCUUUGAUGACCUCCAAGUAGUUUACCUAUGCAACUUGUCGUAUCCUAUUCAUUCAUUAUUUUAUUCUCUGCUACUUCAGGAUUCAGGAAGAAGUUCCCAGGGGAGGGAGAGUUUCUGUGUAAAUUUUACCUUCUCCUGGUUUUAUUUUGGCCACUUUUCUUCAUAGGUUUAAGCUUUCCUCAAGGUAUAUUUGACUAGAACACAGUGAGUUACGGUAAUGGUUUUGUAGGAAUAAAAUCACCCAGAGAUGAUUUUCAUCUUUGUUUGGCAGAUUUUAUGGGGGAACUCCUAGCAGUAAAUCUACUAUCUAUUAAGGAGUUAUCUCCCUUGCCUGAAACCUUUUUUUCCUCCUUUAAUACUAUUUUUAAAGUUCAACCCUUCUUUAUUUAUUUAAGAUACUUACACAUUACUUCCACAUUUUGUAAUCAGGGGCCUGAGGGUAACUCAUUACAUGAACCCUAGAGCUGUUUUAUCUUUCAGAAGAAACUUAAACCAAACUAAGGGCCUUACAUUAUAAAGUGAGGCUGUAUUAAAAGCUGCAAUCUCAUUUUCCCCCAAAAAGAAGUUCUGAGAGAAGUGUGUCACAAAUCAUGCAGCAGUUUGGUGGGAUGUCACAGCACGCAUCAGGAAAUGCACCUGCAUCUUUGCAGUUGUAUUUCCUUUGGAGAAGACUUUUCUACUUUUAAUAUGAAUUAAGCCAUAAUAAUUUCAUGCUGUGGAACGAGAAUGGAGAGCUUCACUUUAAGAGAUUAUAUAAUACAAAUUUUCACAUUUACUGUGAAAUGACUUGAUUUUGUCAGUGCUUCAGCAGGUUUUGUGGUGAUAUUUUGGAGGGGGGAUGUGAUGUUUUGUUUCUUAAUCUGUGAAAUUUUAAAAGGGGACAGUUGUUGGCUAUGGUAUUUACUAGUUUUGUAGUAAUGUUUUGCUAACCUGACUGCCUUUUCUUCCCCCAAUGAUUUUUAUGGUCCGAGUUGACUCUUGCUAUUCUUUCUUACUUUGGAUGUCUCUGGGGUAGUAUGUUGUCUAUUUGUAUAGGUUGUCAGUGUGUGUGCACAGGGUGUGUCCUUUUGUUACAGAAACAUGCUGGGUUGCAAGUGGGUGUUUGGCUGGGAAAUGGGAUGCUGAAGUAUGAAGAACGUUUUUUUUUUCCAAUUCAUAACAGUAUUUCCCAUCUUUUGCCUGCAGGCAGGGAAAGUGUAUGUACAGUAUUUAUUUUGUUUCUAUUUUACUUUAAAUUUGUAAGUUUUGAAGUAGGUUAUGUUGGUCAUAGGGAAGGACAAGUGACUUGUUUAAAUUUGUAUUUGGUAUUCAUACUUUCCAAUUUCUGUACUUUUAAGAUAUUGAGAUUAAAAUUGAUAUUACUUUUUGUUUUGAUUUA